AUGGCCGACCAACACAUCUACAUCGACGAAGAUGUUGGUAAGGAUGAAACUGCCAACGGCACGCAAGACGUUCCAUACAAGACUCUGCUUCAGGCGAUGAUCCAGCACCCUGGCGCAUCUUAUCAAACCAGAAAAUCAGAAACCGGCACUGUCGAAGAGGGUGCAGACCCCUCCUCCCGCUUGGAAUGGAAAGCCCCCACCAAGUCUGCCAUGAAGAAGGCCAACAAUCUGUAUGAGGCCCACAAGAAGAAACAGGCCAAAGCGGGCGACCUAGCCUUGAGAGAGAAAGCAGAGGCGGAUAAGAGACAAGCCGUACUGGAAGAGGCGAAGAAGGUCAUUCUCGAGGAGGACAAGUCUCUGCCAGCACCGGUCCGCAUCAAACUUGACGAGACCGACCCUUCCAAGAUUACCUUGGGCACGAAAGAUUCUCCAGGUACCAGAAUUCGUGUCCUCGGUCGUGUUCACCACCUCCGCUCUCAGAAAGAUGUGACCUUCGUAACCCUCAAGGAUGGAUAUGGUCUUAUGCAGUGUGUCUUCACUGGCAAGCUUACCAAAACCUAUGCGGCCAUGACAUUGACUCUCGAAACCUCACUUGAGAUCAGAGGCCAGCUCAUGUCUCUUCCUGCUGGCGCCCACGCCCCUCUCAACCGGGAAUUGCACGCCGACUUCUUCUCCGUUAUUGGUGCUGCUGUUGGCGAUAAGGAUGCCAUCACUAACAAGGUCACCCAAGAUGCCGAUAACCAGACCCUUCUCGAUAACCGUCACCUUGUCCUUCGUGGUGAGAAUGCCUCUCAAAUCAUGAAAGUCCGCGCCGCCGUCUUGCGUGCAUUCCGCAAAGCCUAUGAAGAGACGAGGACCCUCGAAGUCACCCCGCCUGCCUUUGUACAAACGUCCGUCGAGGGUGGUGCUACGCUCUUCUCUCUCAACUACUACGGUCAAACCGCUUACUUGACCCAAUCCUCCCAACUCUACCUGGAAACCUGCCUCCCCUCUAUGGGCGAUGUCUUCUGCAUCAGCCCUUCCUUCCGCGCCGAGAAAUCACUCACUCGUCGUCACCUUUCCGAGUAUACACACAUCGAGGGCGAGCUCGACUUCAUCACUUUCGAAGACCUCCUUGUGCAUAUCGAGACUGUCAUCACGCGCGUGAUAGAUAUUACUCUCGACGAUCCUAUCAUCGCCGGCUACAUCAAGGCGCUCAACCCUAAAUUUGAGCGUCCUAAGACCCCGUUCAAGCGCCUCCGCUACUCUGAUGCAAUCGAAUGGCUCAACGAACACAACAUCCUAAACGAGGACGUCGAGGAAGGCGAGCAGCCCCGCCCUCAUGUCUUCGGUGAUGACAUUGCCGAAGCGGCCGAGCGCAAGAUGACUGACAUUCUCAAUGUGCCAAUUCUGUUAACACACUUCCCUCACGAGAUCAAGUCCUUCUAUAUGCCGAGAGAUCCAGAAGACAACAGAGUCACCGAGAGCGUGGAUGUUUUGAUGCCAGGCGUUGGCGAGAUCGUCGGAGGCAGUAUGAGGAUUCACGACUAUGAGGAGCUGAUGGCCGCUUUCAAGCGUCACGGCAUUCCCACUGAAUCAUAUUACUGGUAUACGGACCAGAGACGAUACGGAACUUCUCCUCACGGUGGCUACGGUCUAGGUGUUGAGCGCUUCCUCGCUUGGAUGUGUGGUAGAUUCACGGUGCGCGAGUGCUGUCUGUAUCCUCGCUUCAUGGGUCGUGCUACGCCUUAG